GGAAUACAGUGAGUAACCUGAUUAUGAUUAUACCUCCAAUUUUUGGUGCAAUUCAGAGUGUUAGAGAUGGACUGGAAAAGCGGUACAUUGCUUCUUAUUUAGCACUCACAGAUAUGAUGAUUUGAGUAACUAUUCCACAUAUUGUGGUAAUCUGCUGUCUUCUGAUAUUCCUGUGAAUAUAUGGAGUGGUAGGAAUGGGAUCCUGGUGCUUCCACAUGACUCUGAAAUAUGAAAUGCAGUCAGGUAUACCGUACAGGUGUUUUCAACACCACAUCACUAUCUCAAGACUCUGUCCUUGGAACAGCCUCUGGGAACAAGAAAGAUGAGCAGAACUCCUCUUCCAAGGAUAGCGGCUAUUGGAUGAACUCCCAAUGAUUUAUAGCUGUUGUAUAUUUGUGUACUGCAUGUUUGAAUGUUUCAAGAUGAAGAACUCUGUAAACUACCACCUGCUUUUUAUUUUAGUUCUAUUCAGUUUAAUAGUAACCACAGUUUACCUUAAGGUAAAGGAGCCUAUAUUCCAUCAGGUCAUGUAUGGAAUGUUGGUCUUCACAUUAGUACUUCGAUCUAUUUAUAUUGUUACAUGGGUUUAUCCAUGGCUCAGAGGACUGGGUUAUACAUCCUUGGGUAUAUUUUUAAUGGGAUUUCUAUUAUGGAACAUAGAUAACAUCUUUUGUGAUUCACUGAGGAACUUUCGAAAGAAGGUGCCACCUAUCAUAGGUGUUGCCACACAGUUUCAUGCAUGGUGGCAUAUUUUAACUGGCCUUGGUUCUUAUCUUCACAUCCUUUUCAGUUUAUAUACAAGAACUCUUUACCUGAGAUACAGGCCAAAAGUAAAGUUUCUCUUCGGAAUCUGGCCAGUGAUCCUGUUUGAACCUCUCAGGAAGCACUGAUGAAUUAUUCCACCAAGAAAACAAAACAGCACCUGCCAUAGACCUGGCCAAAUGAAUAAGCAAAUCCUUAAAGAUCUACACAUUCAAAUAUAUUAUAACCAUCGGAGUAAAGGAGUGACUUUCUGAGUAAUGCUGCCAGUCACACAGAGAAUAAGGAAUGGGGCUUGUUGGAUGUUUAGCUUGUGUGUGUAUCUCAUUGUUCUUCUCCUCCUCACCCUCACCCUAAGAUGUUUAAAAAGAAACAGACAUGAUGUGUGUGUAUACACUUGAAUGCUGGAAAAAUGAGGCUUUUCUUAACAGGUUAACAGUUUGUGCGGAUCAUAGGAAAUUAACCUUUUUCCCUUUUUUGAUAAGGGUUGCAUGUGAAUUAUACUUUGCUUAUUAUUUGAUUAAAUAAUCAAAACAGCUAAGUAUUGGCAAAACCCCAUAUCCAAAUGGCCAGCUGUGGAACCAGCACUUAGCGGUGUCAGCCUUGAUUUAUAUUCUUGUCCUAGUAACCUCAUGAAUGGUUUUCCAAGAUUUUGAAAAAGAGCUGUCUGUGGGAUUCUUUUUUUUUUUUUUUUUUAAUUUUUUUAUUGGGUCUGUGGGAUUCUGAUAGUUCUUCACUGUCUGCCUUUGUGGUAGUCAGUAUGUCAUAAGCAAGCUCCAACCUGCUACUAGGUUCCAUAUUUGCCGUAUCCCAGAUUUGCAGUGGGCUCUGGGGUUUCUGUGUGCAGCACAGCCAAUCAGAGUGGGUGGGUCACCUUGUAAUAUCUAUGAAGACCACGAGGACCCCUGUAGAAUGUUGUUAUAGCUCCAGCCAGUUAAGGGUGGUUUCUCAGUUUUCUUUGAUCUUUGCAGAUCUUUAAGUUGUCACUGGUUUUAUGGCUAGGCAAACAUGAUUGGUGGUCUGGCCUACCCCCCAUAUUCCAUCCUCUUCGCCUAACUUAUUUGAAGUUACCAGUGAAUGUUGUUACCCUCCGACUUUUUUAAAUUAUACCAUUUUUUUUCCAGUUUUCAGAGAGGCUAUGGUUAUGCCCAGGGAAAUGUUUCAGGUUAACUAGAGCUAAAAUGAUCAGUGUCCUAUUUACCUUAAGCUUAUUAGAAUAUCUGCCCCUUCAUAUUUUGAAGGAACUAGAUAAUAAGAGUUGAGAACAGCUCUAACUUCCUUGAACUUGUAACAGAACUCACCAAAAUUAAAGUGCUAAGAAAUGGCCGUGAAAUAUCAUUGUAAGGCAGCUAGUUCUAACUUGGGUUUAAAUGUAGAACAAAUUGAAUCACUUUUCACAAACUAACACCUGUCUAGUGUAAAAACCUGAUUUCACCCCUUUGCUGAUGUAUCACCAUAUUUGUAGCUCCAUACCAUUUAGCAUUUUUGCAACUUUUUCCUGCUCAUGCAUUAUAAAAUCCAGAUUGUUUUUACCACAUGGUGACAUUGACCCAGAUUAAAUCCUGAAGCUACAACUUCAAAAGGAAAAUCAUUUUUUUUCUUAUGCAAAGGUAUAAAACACUCCUGUCAUUUCUCCAGUAUCCAGUAAGUCUCCUUGGUACAAAUUUAAACCAAUACAAAUUUUGUCGUUUUUCUUCACCUACUAGCCUUAGUUGUAGCCGAAGUACUAUUUUCCUUACCUUAGCAUGCCAGCAUGCCAUUAGGCAGGUAAUUCUGCCUACUUUUGUGAUCCUCCAGCAAGAAAAACACUUGCCAAAACAAAUCUAAAGAACUUUGGCUGUGCCUUAAGAAAAUCUAAAUCUAAGCCGUUCCAACACACAGCCUAUAAGACUGUUCUUUUGCCACGAGAUCUUACAUUUUUUUUAAUAAGUUCAUUUGUUUCACACCAUUGUCUUUUUGUACUUUUCAUUCACAUUACACUUCUGUGUAAAGAAUUUAUAUACGUCAACAAAGGCACAGCCUUCUUGACAGGGCAACUAGGUGUGGUGCAACUGAGUUUCUGUGUAUCACAGUCAGAUAAGGUGUGGGGGGCCCCCCCCCGCCGGGGGACCCCCCCGCCCCGGCCCUGGGGUCCUUUUCAGCGGCUUGCUGAAUGAGCAGUUGUAGUCACUUGAAGAAAGUUGUCCAACACCUCAGUGGAGAAGCAUGGGCACCACUGGAUGAUUUGUAAUGCUGUGGCCAGUUCUUCAGAGACCCUUGUUUCUGCUGUGAAAACAGCAACAUGAAAGCAGAAAGCAUUUUAGAAGUGUUGAACAGAAAGCAGAGACUGAAUCCAGACUCUCAACUCUCCAAGUUAGUCUGUGCCUCACAUAUGGCUGUCUUUCUAGCAGCCUAAGUAUUUGCUCACUCAAGACUUUGUUUCUGUGCCAUAGUGAGUAUUAUGGAAAUACUGCUGACCUUCAGGACAUCACUAAAUUGACUUUAUUUCAAUGGCUUUAUUUUUCCCUUCUAGGAUUCUGGGUGGGCAUUAUAGCUUGUAUUACUACCCCGCCUUCCCUUUAUUUUCUUGGCAGAAAGUUUGUUUACAUACCAUCUGAUGUGAAAGGUGCUCCUCUGUGGGUCCUAUAGCAAAUUAUCUUUCAGAAAAUACUAAUACCUUAAGAGGAUCUGAAAGAAGCAGUUUGCUUGCACAUCUUAAUAUCCUGCCAUUUUCACAGAAAAUUGAAAGCAUUUGACUCUUUUUUUUAAGGAAAAACUAUGAAAGGUGGUUGUACUAAUCUGGUUGGUCACUCUACCCACCCCUCCCCACCUUGGUGCUUUCAUGAAACGUUGCCAACACCUGAAUUGAUCUUUAUCCUUGCAAUAUUGUAUAAAUUGAUGAUUGGUGAUAAACUGAUGAGAAACAUUAGGUUUUGAAUAAUUUACAAAUGAGAACCCCAAAUAGAGGUAUUUGGUAUAGCAGAAUUAGAUAAAAUAUUAUGGUUUACCCUAAAUGCACAAUUUCCAGGACUGUUAAACUAGGCUUUCUUUACACUAAGAAGGUUUUUCUUAUACUAAGGAGAAGGAGGUAGGAGUCAAUAUCAAGAGACCAAAAACUUUAGGUACAUACACAAUGCAUGAAAAUCUUUAAAUGCCUGAAAAAACUAAGUUCUAUUUUUUUUUUUAAGAUUUUAUUUUUAAGUAAUCUCUAUAUCCAAUGUGGGGCUCAAAUUUAUAACCCGGAGAUCAAGAGUAAUGUGUUCUAACCAGAGUAUAGAAUAAGAAGUACAGUCCUGUACUUCCUAUUGACUGAGGCAGCCAUGUGCCCCAAAACUAAGUUCUGUUUUAAUGCCAGUUCCUUCAGAAUUUAGCCAGUGCCCCUUAAAGUCUAAUGAUUUAGCUUAAGGUUUUCUUUUUUUUUCUUAAGAUUUUAUUUAUUUAUUUGACAGAAACACAGUGAGACGGGGAACACAGCAGGGGGGGUGGAAGAGGGAGUAGCAGGCUUCCUGCCAAGUAGGGAGCCCGAUGAGGGGCUCGAUCCCAGGACCCUGGGAUCAUGACCUGAGCUGAAGGCAGACGGUUAAUGACUGAGCCACCCAGGCGCCCCUAGCUUAAGGUUUUCUUAUGAGUCCUAUGGGUUCCAUAUUAUUUUGCUCUUGAAAAAAGUAAUUUGUUGCUAAGUUGAAGAGUUUUAGCUCUCAAUUCCACAGUUACAUGACAGAAGAAAUUCUUUUAACCCUGUGGCUUAUGAUGUGCUACUGGAUAAGUAUUUCUAUAAAACCGAUAUUUGAAAGAGAAUCGGUUAUAAUUGGAAUUUGCAAGUAAGUGGCAAUUUGUAGAUCUACCUGUGUCUUACAUUUUACAUCUUAUCAGUGCCAUAAUAUAAUUAGUUUGGUGACUUUGUCUUGUUUUUCAGUAUCUAAAAUUACAGCUUAUUUGCUAUGCUGUAAACAUUUGGAAAUAAUGAGUAAAAUUUGGCUAAAAGCUAAACCCCUUUGUAGAGGGGGCUGUAAAGUGAAAAUAAAGUCAUGACCCACCUGAAUGGGAAACUUCAGAAACUUCAACGCUGUUUUUUAAACUGUUGGACUUACUUUAAGAACAAGGAAACUUAAAUGUCUAACUGUAGUUGCUAGAUGAGACGUUGCCACUUUUGCUGAGGUUCAUGUGAGCAUGCUACUUGACUUAACAUUUCCUCCCGUUGGAGAGGAAAAACCUCUCUUCUACCCUCUUAGAUCCAGUAGUUAGGGACCUGUGAAUUAAACUGAAUAGCAAGAGAAAAUGUAGAUUCUUUUUUCACAUCUGUACGCAAGAACUCAGAGAAAAGCAGAAUUCGGGGCUCAUAUGCCAUCUUAAUAAGGGGAGGGGAGAAAGGGCACUUACGGGAAAACAAAUGACUUUCAGAAAGGAUAAAUGGGCCCUUGGGAGAAAGAAGGGAGGUAUAAUAGUUUUGUGAAAAUGUCUGCUUAGUUGUGGUACCCAAAGUCCCAGGGAGAGGAUUUGUAACAGUUGAGUUCUUUGGGGGAGGUUCUACUUUUAGGCAGAUACAGGGAGUUCAGAAAAGCCUCUUCCUGCCUCUGAUUCUCAAAUGCCCUUAGCUCAAAAUAAUUGUUAUGCCACAGUGGUGUAUUCUGCACCCUUUAUUUCCCCCAUCUGAAACUUCCCAGGGUGUUUCAAGGAGCAGAAGCUGAGAUAGUGGUUGUGGAGAAAAGAUUCAGGUUAGAAGGCGGGAGGUAAGAGGUAUGCAAAGGGAAAAAAGGCGUAGAUUUAUGGAGAAAGAAAAGAAAAAACAAAAACUAAUAGUUGAAGCGGAUUAUAAACUCAGUUUCUUGAGUUCAGAGAUGAGUCAGUCCAAAUGAUUUCUACAUGUUGGUCUUGAAGUGUCUUUAGAUUGCAGAGUCACGAUGGUCGUGGUAAUCUCACAGUCAUGAGCAUUUCCUGGAGCUCAGAGGACCAUGUUCUGGUGAACUUCCUGAGUGGCCCAAACUGUUGGGAUAAAGCCUUUAAGGUUCCCUUCAGCUUGCAGGGCUUUAGGAAACAGGCAGUUUUAGUUCUUAAUGGUGCCAAGUCAGGAGGGUGGAAGAAAGUCGGAAAAGUUAAUUGCUGACAAAAUGCACAAGAUGGCAGGAUUCAGCUUUCAAAGAGGUGAAAAUAGCUCAAAGACAAUGAACAGGACUAGAAUCUGAUAAUCCACAGUGGUGGGUUAUAGUUUUCCAUUGAAACAUAAAAUUUCUCUGUAAUCACCUCCACUUUUAUCAAAGAUAAUUGAGGUAAGACUAUUUUUGUUUGCAAAACAAGUCUAGUCUCAUCAAACUUGGCCUGGUUGUUUAUGUAAAUGUAGCAAGAAUGGUAAUUGACAACAUAGGCCUUUUUAAGUUUGUUUUACUGGAACUUUUAUUAGGAAUCUCAGAUUGGACUUUUAAAAAGCUCAAGGCUAGGAGAAUUUGCCAUCAGACUUCACUUGCAGUACCCACAGAUUUGGAUGAAUUCCUUCUCAAGAUCCCCAAAAUAUCCUAAGUUUUCUGGGCCUGCCAGGAGGUAGCCUUCCUUACUCACCUGUAAGGCUGGGAAUCCUGUAAGCCAGGUGCCAGGUGGGUUUUCCAGGAAGGUUUUAUAAGCACUGACUCCUUAAAGUCCACCUUAGUUUCUUAAACCUGGUCAUCUCUGAUGCUAUGCACAACAUUCUCACACAUGACACUCCAGUCAAAGCCUAAUAUAACCAGUGUUUCCAAUUGUGUCCUGUUAUAAGAAGAACAAAUUCUUACUGAACUUACUCAAAUAACUCUAUUGCCGUGAAAAUAACAAUCAGUAAGGGUUUCCAAAUUUUGGAUGGCUCAGGCAGGGAGAAAAGAUAAAUGUUUUGUUUUUGUUUACAAAGAUAUAAUCUACUAAAUUGCUAUGUUAUAGAUAGCUUCAGAGAAAGGGGUUUUUUUAAAUCCCAGAAAAUGAAACAUUAAAGAACCAGCAGUAUUCUGAGCAAAGGUCAUAGAAGAAAUCAUAAUCAUUCUUUAUCAGUCUACUCAGUGCCAUAUGAUAAAUUCAGGUGUUUCUUGAUUUGCGGUUUUAUGAACCUAUGAGCUUUUCUGUUUGUUCUAGAAAUCAUUAGUCCAGGGUAUGAUCUUAAAAUUACCUAAACAAUGACAUUGGAAACCUGUACCCCACAGUAAUGCUGUAAUCAUACUGUGGGUCCCUGAGAUAAUCCUUUUUUGUUGAAGAUUAAACCUGCAGCUGAUUAAAAGAGUUUUCAGGAAAACAUCAGGGUAAAACAAUAUCUGUGAAUGACAAAAGGCUUUAAAUGGCCAUGAUUAAAGAUUUGAUGAGAGUUCUUUAUAAUGCAGUUGACAAGAAAUUUAGUUGUCUCUGUGACAUUCAACAGUUUAAGAUAGCUGGAGUUAUGAUUGGUCACAUUCUACCAGGACUUGGACAGCUAUGAUGUUGACAAAUUUCCAAUAAUCCAAGAAGCUGUGUCCUUUUAAUAGGAAAUUUCAACCUCGAGUUUUGCAUCCAUAUACUAUUGAGCUCAUUUCUUAAAAAAGAAAAAAAAAAGAUUAUAAAUAAAUGCAUUCAAUCUUAGCCAGUUUGCCCACAUGAAUAAGAUAUUCCCCCCUUCUUUCUCUCCCCUCCAUCCCCUGCCCCCACCCUCUUCUGCAGACCCUUUACAACUUUAUGCCCAUGUGGGAUUUUGUCCAUUCCUCUUCCUCAUUCUGGAACAACUUUUAAACAACCUCUGUGUAACUACUUGAGGACAAAAUUGCUCUUCUUUUUUCCUUAACAAAAACACAUCUUUCAUUUCUUACAGGCCUUUGAGAUUGCUUCCCUUCUUUAUUUUUUCUAGUAUUUUUCACUUACAUGUAUUGAUUAGCAUUUUUAACCCUUUGUAACCUUAAUUUCCAGGGAAAAUGAGGAAGUCUUCAGUUGUGAACUGUCACAUAUCAGCAUUCUAUAGAUUAGCACAUUUAUGAAUGUACCACUUCAAUAUCCAGAUCUAUAUGUUUCUUCAUAAUACAACUUCUUAAUGUGGUAAAAGAACAUGUUUAUUAACAGGCCCAAAUAUCUUUAGUCAAAAUAAUCUUUUAGGUCAAAUAACAGGUCCAAAUAUCUUUAAUCGAAAAUAAGUCAAAAGUAGAUAAACUUAUGUUUAGUAAUUAAUGUUUCAGCAUUUUAUUUGGAAAUGACCUAGACACAGAUACAAAGAACUGCUUCAUUUGAAAUUCAAACUAGAGAUAAAACCCUGGCUUGGGACCAUAAACUUUGAUGUUGGAUUUGACAUUGGUUUGACAUCAUUGAGGGAAAAGUGGAAAAUGUGUAAGGGAUAGCAAGUUUCACCAAGCAACAACUCUUUCCCUGAUAGGCAAUCAGAGCAGCUUAAGGAGACCGAGCACUAAAGAAUGUAAGCAGUAUUGUUAGCUACAGAAUUUCUACUCUAACAGACAUGCACUUGGCCAUUUACAAUAAGCAGUACCAACGCCCAUUUUAAUUCACUUUCAAUAGCCAGUAUUGCUUCACAAGACCUUCAUUUAUUAUUAAAUCCAGCAAAUUACUACCUGUUUUGAUUGGCAGCUAGUACAGAAAAUGAUCACAAGAAUAUUUCCUCCUAGCAGACCCUAAAAACAAAAAAUUUAUCACAGGUAACCUAAAAUUGCCCCACUCUGUUUAGCUCAGCAGCUGUGGAUAUUAUAGCACCAACCACAGGUCACACUUUGCUCACAACUCGUUCUCAACCCUUCUUAACAAGACCUGCUUCAUUGCUUUAAAGAAUACAACGCUGAUACUAGAACUAGAUUUAGUCAAUGGUAAUUUAUUCACAAAAUUGUCAUAAAGGCAGCUUUAUUUGAAACUUCUGGCAGUGUCUUUGCAGAACAUCACUUUUACAUUGAGUUUGGAGAAGUAACUAAGAUUGCAGCAGAGCACAUUCCUUAAGGAAAUCACAUAAAUAUAAGCACAUAAAUAUAGUUCACUACAGAUACUCGUUUUGAGAUCAUCUGCACCUUAAAGAAAAUGAUAAAAAUGUUUUAUGAUAUCAUAUGGCUCUAGACCAAGGGUUGGCAAACUACAGCCCACAGACCAAUUCAGUCUGCAGUUGUAUGGCCUGCAAGCUAAGAAUGAUUUUUACUUUUUAAAAGUGUUGUUUAAACUUACAAAAAGAAGAAAAUGCAACAGAGAUGUAUGUGGCCUGUGAUGCCUCAAAUAUUCACUAUCUGGUUCUGAGAGUUUGCCGCCUCUUCUCUAUGUCUUCAACAAAGGAACUCCGUAAUGCAAGUCCAGUAUAGUACUUGCCACCGCGCUUCUGAUGAUUCCAGUGUGUAUUCAUCAGAAAGAAAAUAUUUUAUACAUUUAAAACCUCUCACUUCUUUGUUGAAUGUAAUAGGAUUUGUGUUUAAAUAUUUACACUAUAAAAUUAUUUCUUCAUACCAGUUUUACUAGAUCAUUAACGGCCUGCUGCAAAGUGCCUAAACCUUUGAAUAAAAUUACAUGAUUUUGUUUUCAUUAUGUAGGGAAUUACAUUCCAUACUGUAGAGUCCAAAAAUGCUAGUUGCAUUCAGUUUUUAAGUUGACUUCCAAAAAGCUGAGAUCUUUUGACCAUCUUUCCUCAUGCCACAUAAAAUGUGUCAUGUGGCAGUUGUCAGGGAACUAAUAAGCCAUCACAGUCGUGGGUACUUUUUUUUUUUAACUUUCUAAAAGGAAAAGUUCGAAGUCCUUUCCACAGUUAGUCCUUGUUUCCUUUUGGCUUUUCUUUUUAGAGCUAAAUUAUUUAACACCAAUUAAUUAGUCUGUUUUAAUAACUAGGUAUUAUCAAUUUCUGUUUAAUGUACUGAUCAGGCAUUGUCUACUGUCCAGCAUUUCCACACAUUUAAUAUUUCUGAGUCAUUAAUGUGGCCAACAGAUAAACCGUUCAAGGUAAUAUAAAUGUUCCUAGUUUCAUUUUGAUGCAGAUGUCUGUUCUACUAGCAAUUACUUAAUAAGCAUAGGUUGUACUGAAUCUUUACGAGGAACUAACCAUUUUCAGGUGAUCUCAGAUUGCUUAUUCACUUUUUCUAUUUGAUUUGCCAGUGCCACAGUCAUUUUUCUAGAAGAUAGUAGAAUUAUGUAUUUUUAUCUAAUCUGCUAUAACCUAGGCUAUAUUUCAUUACUUCUCUAGGUGAAAAUAUUAAAAAUGAUAACUGUUUUGUAAUAAGACUUCUGGUACUGUUUUACCCUGGUUUAUAUUAAUAUAUACAUUUAUAUAAAGGUAGGACCACCAUGUUUAGUUGUAUAGUCUGUGCACUGCUCAAGGCACCCACUUGAGGGAGGGGAGUUAGUGGAGGCCGAAAUCUAACCUGUGCUCAGCUUGUUAAGGUAUGUGCCUUGGUGGAGUUGCAUCUUGGGACAACUUUUUCCAGUUUCUAGGUGAAAGGGUCUGUAUAAGGCCAGCAGCAAUCCUGCUCACAGGAAGGAUCUUUAUCAUUAGAGUUUUGAACUAUACUGCAGUACCUUUCUACUCCAAGGCUAGGUAAUUUGCAAAGCAAAAGCUAGUUAAACAUUUAUAAUCUAUAAAUACACAGCAUUCUCAACUUUAGGAGCUCCGGAGUAAACACUACAGCUUCAAAACAGAAAAAACAUAUGCCACGAGCCGUUGUAUGUCUGUGGUUUCUGUCUUUCGCAAUGGCUAAAGCACCAUCUGCAAGAUGUAAAACAAAACUAGAAUUUCCCACUCCUCACUCAGUAAUCCAAACCAUGGCUUUUCAAAUAUUAGUUUUCCUAGCCAAACCCUCUGGAAUGGGUAGUCUGAAUCACUGCUGACCAUAUAUUGAUAAGUCAACUAGUUUCUCUUUUGUAUGUCAGGAAGGGACAGCCUUGCCUGAAUCAACAGGCUGCCAAGGAAUACAAGUGAAUUUUCAAAGUGAUUUGAACUCUGCUUUGUAAAAAUAAGGACCGAAAACGGGUUGGGAUUGCUUUAAUUCCACCUCAGAGUAGUUCAUGCCUUUCUAAAGCUACCCUGCCACACACACCCUCCAAACACAGGCAUUCACCAUUUGAGUGAAUUUCCCUUGAGCUGAUGGGGCUCAGCUCUAGCGUGCCGGGGGUGGGGUUUUCCCACCACCACCCCCCAGCUUUUUUUUUUUUUUCUCGCUUUAGCCCUGGACUGGAAUACAGAUCUACCUAGGUGCUAGAGAAAGGACCUGUCUCACUUGGUAAGCCAGCCUAGCCCCAGAAUAGGGCUGAUUCUCAAAUGUGGAGAAAGCAUAAAAAGAGAAAGAGGAUUCGUUUCUCGAGCCUUGCUAUGUGGGAACCGUAUGGCACUGUGCCGUCCACUCAGCAAACUUCGGAAUGCUAUGUCCAUGUUAGGUGUAGGAGCAGAUGGAGAACAAGACAUCCUGCCCCAGGCACUUACACUCUAGUGCCCACCAAGUAACUACCGGUUACAUUUGGGGUGAGUGUCAUGGAGGGAGUGAACAGAGAGCUUUGGAAGUGUGCACAAGGAAACUGGAGAAGGGGACACUUCUCUGAAGAGGAAUGUUAGGUUAACUGAAGGGUGAGAGGAGUUAGGAAAAGAGAGACAGACUGGUUACAGCAGAGAGAGCAAAAAGUGGGUGUCUGGGGAGAUGAGCAGGGAUCAAGUCACACAGGGGUUUCAAAGCCACGUCGAGAACCUGAAUUUUUUUUUCUUUUUCAAGACUAACCUCAGAGAUGGUUCUGA